UAUCGUUUUAUAAUAUAUUUAUAUAUUAUGAAAAAAAAAAACUAUUUAAAAAAAAUGCACUUCUGGUUUUUUAAAUUAUCUUCACGUGCAUACUUGCAGUAUUUUUGUGUUGUACUUGAGGGCUAGUUUUUCAAACCCGGUUUAUUUUCAAUCCGGGUUUCAAUUAUCAUUGCUUGUAUGUCUAUAUAUUAUUAAUAUAUAGAUUAUUAAGGUAAUAUCUAUACUAGCGACAUUAAUUAAAACCCAUUUGUUAAAUUGCGCCUACAGCUGAUUAUAUAUUAAGUCUUUCCAGAGAGUAAGCCACCGUAAUUUUUUACUCCCACUCUUAGAAAACGAAUCUUCUCUCACGCCGUUACUGCACAUUAACAUAACAGACCGAAAAUUUCCGGAAACUCCCGAUGGCAACACUUCUGGAAAGACUUUACAUCAUUUUUCGACAACGAAGUUUGUUAGUAAAACAAUAAGUGUAUCAAUUAAUUUGAAAGAGUAAAAGACGAUUUCAUUCAACUAGAUUAACAAUAGAUCUAUGUAGUGAAAAAAAAACUAAGUGAAUAAUUAUUCGACAGCGUAAUUAAUUUUUUUAAAUCAGGUUCUCAACAAAAGCUAAAAUUCAAGAUUUUUGGGUGCUGAAGGUACAGUUAUAUGGUACAAAUUCAGAAGACAAAGAUAAUGUUGGCCUAUUUUUACGUUCGUUGAAUUAUGGUAACCGCCAAGUGAAAACUGAAUAUUCAUGGUUUAUUUUAAAUAAUGAGAAAAAACAAGUGAAUAAAAAGAAACUAAUUAAAACUUUUGGAGUUGAUGACAACUGGGGCAAUCGGCAAUUCAUAAAGAAAGAAGAUUUAUUAACAAAAAAAGAUGAAUUGUUGCCGUAUGAUAUCUUAACAAUAGGUAUCGAGCUUACGGUCUUUGAUGAUCCAGUUGUGAUUUCUAACAAUAUGCCAUUUAAUGAAUCAAAGUCUUCAAUGGCUCAUGAUUAUGAAGACUUGUAUGAAAGUGAACUGGGUUCCGAUGUUGAGUUAAUUGUGCAAGAAGAAAAAUUUCAGGCUCACAAAUUGGUUUUGAUGGUACGCAGUCCUGUGUUUCGAGCGAUGCUGACCACCGACAUGAAAGAAAACCGAGAAAAAACAGUCACUAUAAAAGAUAUGAACUCUGAAGUGUUCAAGAGCAUGCUAGAAUUUAUUUACACUGAUGAAGUUAGUGAUUUAGAUGAUGUUGCGGAACAAUUGCUUGAAGCUGCAGAUAAAUAUCAAAUUCCUACGCUCAAAGAAAUAUGUGCAGAAUCACUUUGUAAGUCUGUGACCAUCGAUAAUGCCUCCAGAUUACUCGCUUUAGCUCAUCUGCACAAUGCAAAAGAAAUGUUGGAGUAUAUUUCAAAGUUUAUUGUAAUUAAUGCAAUCCAUGUGGUAAAAACAGAAGAGUACAAGACGAUGACAGAAUUGCAUCCGUCCUUGGGAUCUAUUUUAUUCGCCAAAUUUGCCGCUUUUGAAAACAAAUAAUUUACAACUUUUUUAAAUUUUUAUUUUAAAAUUCGUGGUAUUGUUUUUUUUGCUUUUUAAUUUUUUCAAUUUAUAUUUUUUUUUUUUGCUUAUUCUGGUGGAAAAAUUAUGUUACAAGUACCAAUCAGUA